GAGAGAAAGAGCCUGAAGAAAGGGAGUGGAGGAGACAGACGACAGGAGACGGAGGCUGACACACAGUCAAAACCCCACAGGAAAAAUGCCCAAUUUUGAAGGCACCUGGAAAAUGAAAAGCAGCGAGAAUUUCGAGGAAUUGCUCAAAGCUCUGGGUGUGAAUGCCAUGCUGAGGAAGGUGGCGGUGGCGGCUGCCUCCAAGCCCCACGUGGAGAUAAAACAGAACGCGGAGCACUUCUACAUCAAGACUUCCACCACCGUCCGCACCACAGAGAUCAACUUCCUGAUCGGAGAGGAGUUUAACGAGGAGACGGUGGACGGGAGGAAGUGUAAGAGCUUGGCCACUUGGGAAACAGAAAACAAGAUUUACUGCAAGCAGACUCUUCUGAGCGGGAACGGCCCGAAGACCUUCUGGAGCCGAGAACUCAAAGGGGAUGAACUCGUGCUGAUCUUCGGAGCGGACGAUGUGGUGUGCACGAGGAUCUACGUACGAGCAUAGCAGAAGUCUGUGUCCUUCAGAGUUUCCUCCAACACAUAACCUUUCAGUGUCUCAACUGUCAGUGUGAGAAAUUUCACAUAAAAAUCUCAAAUAAUCUGUUUUGACAUUCGGUGUUUUCGUGAGAAUCACAUGUACUGAUCUUGGAUAUUACUGCUUUAUUUCUUUUUGUAUAUAAUUUUUCUAGCAUUGGCAAUUAAAUGGUCAAAAGCA